AUGGGCCAUGCAGCGAUAAAGCUGUGCGACUCAGUUUCAGAAAAUCCCAGUGAACGGGCCAACUCAGGAUGGGCAAAGCAUGAGCCAGGCCAUGAACUCAUCUCGAAAGGUUCGCUAUGGUUUGAUCCGUUCUUCAUGUUGUGUAUAAUGAGAGAUAUCGCUGAGGGUCUCCGAUAUCUGCACGGCUCAUUCAUCGAAUCGCAUGGUCGUCUCCGUUCAGAGUGUUGUUUGGUGACUGACAGCUGGCAGGUGAAAAUUUGCGAUUACGGUAUCGGAUCAUUGCGAGAAGAUGAACGUCUCAAGAAAAAACCGAAGUCGUAUGUUACGGCCAAAAUCAUCAAUUGUGGAGCAUAUAUUGAGAAUGAGAUAUGGAACCAUAUUCAUGGCUAUCUUUGCUGGUCUGAGAUGAGAUUCCCUAGGAGGGCUGACCUGAUGGAAGCGGCACGGAUGAGCAACUUACCGUUUGUCCGUCAAUUACGGUAA